AUGAACCGCCUCCGCAGACAUAAAAAGGAAAAGGCCGCCAAGGAAGAGCUGGCCCAGUCCGAAAAGGCGGCCUCUUCCACCACCACCAUCAUCUCCUCCAUCACACCCACUAAAAAAGAAAAGGAACCCGCCAGCAAGAAAGAUGACGACCGGCAAACGACUUCUCCCAAGGUCUCUGAUUUCGACCUUGCCAAUGCCCUCCCGGCCCCCGAUGAUUUCCGUACCAGUCUGCUCAUGCCCAAGCUGUCCGCGCGCUUCAGUAUGCUCAAGGAACAGGAUGAUCCCGAGUCUUUGCUGGGGAAAGCUAGCGAUGAUAGUGUUCUGUUCUCGAAGCGCGCGUCCAGAUUGAAUAUGUUUAGUCACCCCAACCAGCUGGCAGAUAUUGAUGAGAUGUCCAUCAACAGUCGUCCCUCCGCCUUCGGGCAGGCGGAGUCUAACGAUGGCUACGGAACUGAUGACGAUCGUUCUCAGGCAGGGGGGAGCAUGAUGAGCAGGGCUCGUCGUGCUGAAGUAGGAAAUAACCUGUUUGGUGGUCGUCAAAAGGUCUACAAGGUUCCCGCCAGAUCUAGAGGCGCGUCUCCUAAUCCUGGACCUGAGGCCGGUCGCUCGGGCCUGGGACGCGCUGUCUAUGAACACGACGUGACCCUGUCCGCCUUUCAGCGUCUCAGACUGAAGGAAAAGGAAGAGCGCGCCGCUGCUGAAGAUAGUGCCUUGAAUUCGCCUACCUUCUCCAACGAAGAUGCCUUGUCCAGUAUCGGGUCUACCAAUCGCACCACCUAUUCUUCUACAGCUUCCGGUCCACCCCCUACCUUUGGUCGUGCUUCCACCGCAGCAACCUCAGUCGACGGGGAGCCCAUUACACCGCAAUCCAUCGAGGGCUCGGCAGGCAAGCAAUUCCCAUUCCCUGAACGCGGUGCACCCAAACCCACUCGUCGUUACGGCCAGGGCCUGGUUCAGUCGGUCCAGAACCAGCAGAAUCUCACUCUGAAUCGGCUCGAGAGUCUCAGCCGUCAGCGCCCGGGAACUCCUGAAUUCCCUCAGAUGAACCGGGCCUUUUCCCGGAGCGCAACCAGCCUGCGCGAUCGUCUGCAGAGACUCCCUCUCGUUGACGCUGCUCGCCCGUCCUCCCGUCCGACGAGCCCUCCUUUGUCGGCUGCAUCGCCCAGACCUCAAUUGGCUGAGAGCGAAUCCAAAGAUCCCGUUCCGUCUGGCUACGGCACUCCCUCUGGAUACAAUGCCCCGCCCCUAAGCCCACCUAUCAGCGAAGUUGAGGAAAAACCCGUGCCCUUGGCGGCUGCUCUGCAGCCGGAAGACCAUGGAAAAGCCACUGCUUUAGGUCUUUUCAACAAGCCCCGAGCGCCAUUUGACGAGCAACAGUUCACCCGACGCCAGCUGCAGAUGCAUCAGGGCCGAAGCACCCCACCAUUACGACAACCCCCAUCACCUCCACGCAACGCUCCUCCUCCUGCUCCCACCACCCUCCCACAAGAACGCGUUGGACGCUCCCGCGGUAUCUCCAACGCUAGCAGCUACCGCUCGCGGCCAGGAUCCGCCUCGUCUCACUACAGCGAGGCCUCCAAAGGCAUGAACCGCACUACGUUCUUCAGCAAUUCUAGCCCCAGUGACUCCGGUGACGAGGAUGAUGAGGAGGAUGAGGAGGACAUCCAUCCCGCGUUCCGCUCCCGUUCCCGCUCCCGCACCCCCUCGAAGCCGUCGACCCCACCUGGAGAGCCCCAGGAGCGCCAUCCUCUGCCCGAAGUACGAUUUUCGGACUUGGGAGACCUUAAGCCCAUUGCAGAAAACGAAAUUGCAGAGAGCGUCGAUUCGCAAAACAACGCCCAGGCACCGCAGGAGCCUGACUCGCCUACUUUGGGGCCAUCUGGUCUGGGACUCAGUGGAUUGGUUCGUACACACUUGCGACAGGAGAGCGACAAGUCUAUCCAACUACCAUCGCUGGGACUUCCACCCAAGCUUACCGACAAUAGAGACGUUCCCGAGACCAAGCAAGACACUGCUGAUGCCACCCCCACGCCUCCUCCCGCCGAUGAACCCCAGGGGAGGAUUCCGAAUGACUCUUCGCUCGACGACGAAUCAGGGGACAGCAGCAACAGCAGCCACCGGCGUAACGCCAGCACUGAAACGCAGCGCGAACGCGAGGAAUUCGCCAAUGAGCUGGCUGAGCGACGGAGAAAGGUGCAAGAGAAACUGCAGAACUUCACAGACAUUGAGAGUCGUCGAUCAGGUAGUCCGGCUCGCUGUGGAACACCUGAUUCUUCUUCCCAGGUCAAGCCUGGUAAUGCCUUUGCGCUGCUGAAGAGCCGCGCCGGCAAACACCAUCUGUUCCAGAAGUCGGGUAACUCUUCCACGCAAUCCUUGGUUAACUUGGAUCAGAACGAUCCAUGGCGCGAGGAGGACGAGAAGGUUCCUUUUCCCAGCUUGAGCACUCAGCAAUUGAAUUCGAGUACCCCACAAAUCCCUGGUGACCGACCGUCAGUGCGGUCGCGAGUCGCUGCUUUCACCCGUGGUAAUCAGGACGCUUCUCGCGAGUCGAGCCAUAGCCGUAAUGCAUCGCCCCAUUCGUUCACAGGUUUCCGGGCUCGACGCGAUCGCUCCCGCUCAGAUGCAUCCUGCCGAUCCAAGAGUCGGUUGCGAAACGACGAUCUUGGAACUGUGGACGAACGAUCGGUCGCUUCGCACGAAAUCCAUCUCCCAGAUUCCACGUACGACCCGCGCGCCAACACCUCGGUUCCCUCAUCCACUCGUCCCUCCGUAGAGGGCGAUGAACGUUCCUCAUCGCGCAGCUCUGGCCGCUACCGUAGCGGUAGUCGCUCAGGGACCCCAAGCUACUUCGACCUGCCACCGCCACCACAGCACCACCCGCCCUCCGUGUCUGGCCCUAACCCAGCGAUGAUUGGAAAUGCUCCCCGGCCUUCUCCAAUUGCGCCGUAUUCUGCCAACGCCACGCCGCCUCUUGACCUCACGCCUUCUCCCUCAUCCCCACCAGCGCCAACCUUUGCUGCCGCCGCAGGCCACGUCGUGCCCCAGCGUGCCCCCGGCCACACAGGCCUGCCAAAGCGCCCAAUCAACAAGCUGCAAAUCUCAGAACCCACCCUGCUCUCGUCCACAUCCAACGUCCCCACGGUCGGCCUGCCCCCAAGCGCAAGCCUAACCAACGGCAUGGAAACGCCUCCAGUACCACCCAUGAACCCCCGCCGUCGACGACAAACAACCACGCAAACAAUCCUAGGCGCAUUGAAGGGCGAGAAGCAGGACACCCAAUCAUCCUCGCCUAGCGAAUACGCAACCAGCGGGCGAGGAACGCCCGCCGACGAGCGCAGCAUGUUCGAGGACGAGCGGCCACUUUCGCGGAACCGCUUGCGCAAGACUUCGAGUGAGGGUGGUUCGUUGAGUAUCAAGGCGAGACAGGAGAUUAUAAGUGGUACUGCGCCGCCGCCUAUGCCGUAUCCGCCGCCGUCGUAUCCUCCGCCUAAGGUUCCUUUUGACGGGAGGAUGUUCUAAAUCUUUGAUUUCUAUUGUUUUUUAUUCGUUAUAUACCAUUCUGCCUUAUUAUGUUUUAGUGAUGAUUGAUACCUUUCUUUUCCUUUUUUAUUUCUCUUUUAUAUCUGAUGAUGUUCAGUUAUAUACCAGUGCAUUUGUUGAGCGGGUGGAAUGGUGUCUUUCCUUUUUCCUUUACUCUCUUCUUGGAUAUGUGUAUUUACAUGAUAAUGGAAUUUAGUCUCAAUACUGUCCAGGAUUAUGGAUUGAUUAUCAUAAAACAAAGUAAAUACCUCCUUCGUUAUAUACACGAUGUCAACUCAUCCUCAUGUCAACAUAGUAUAGCGUAGACAGCGUAGCACAGCAUCGCAUUGCCAUACC